AUAGCAGCUACCUUGGCUGCAUAGAGAAGAAGAAUGAAUGAAUUGUCUGUCCUCUUCUUUUGCAACUGAAGAAGAUGAGGAAUCGCGAGACAGAUUCAGAUGCUUCAGUCUAGGCCCCACCGACCCAAACCGCCCGGCUGGCUCCCACUCACCUGCUUCUUGAUUGAUGGGACGGUAUCGCCGACGCAUGUGUUCUUCCCCCCUCCCAUCCAUUCCUUGUUCUCACUUUUGCUCUCUUUUUUUUCCCCAUUGACUGGCUGACCAGCAACUAUCAAUUCCGUCCGGCGCGCAAGCAAAGCAACGGACAAGCAGGAGUCCUGCUAGUGUGCGUCAACGACUGACUCUCCUCCAGUCGCCCGAUGCAUGCAGCCGUGUCGCACUUGGAUUGCCAAUAAAGCCGGCGCGGGCCAAUCACGCGCCGCCGCCGCCUUAGGCGAGUGUGCCACUGUUUCACGCCAUGGGCCGUUUGGCGCACGAGGAAGGCGCCAAAGGGUUUGAUCUCCUGGCUCCUUCUCCCCUCCUGGUCGCUCCUGCCACCGCCUGCUUCUCCUCCCUGGUGCCUCCUCCGCCGCCUCGAAACACUCCAUCGCACUCUGCUGUUUCAGCCUCUUCACUACAUACCGUACCAUAUGUAUCAAUUCGAACACCACACCCACCCCCUUGACCCGACCCACCGCCCCUCGUGACUCAUCUGCAUUCUCCAAUUCUCCAAUUCUCCAUUCUCCAUCCAUCCCUCUAUCCCCUUUUCGAACGCUUGUCAACCAUUGCCAUCUGCGAUUGACAUACAGCUACCCAAGUAUGUAUGCAUGCGAAGAAAAAGAAGACAUCUGCGUACAGACACGGUCGCACCGCAGCAGGCGCAAUAUGGAUUCGUUGCUCUUUCCAUCCGACCCCCAUGCGCGCUAUUCCCUUUCCAUCCCCCCUCCGAACCUCUUCCUCCUCCGUGAACUCUCGACCUGCUCUUCCAUGCCCUAUAAUAUGGACAAAACGCUACCGAACCCUACGCGCCUCCAUGCUUGACAUUGAUUGCACCGACAGCCGCCCGAUAGUUGCUCCCAUCCCUAAUCUCGCAUUGCCUGCUUGCUGCUCACUUGCUUGCAUCUGCUGUUCCCUCUUGCCCUGCAUAUGUACAUGUUCCAUCUUCCCAUUACAACUUGUGCCAUGUAUAUUCCUCACCUCUCCGCCCGCUGGAACAAAGAGUCCGACAAGCCGCGCCACAUGCCAGGUACCUGCCCCCAUCAUGCAACCAUGACCUGCAACGUCCUUGGACAGUUCGCUUGGGAAUCACACCCAAUCCAUACCCGCCUUGCCUCGCGCCCCCGGUCUGUCUGUCGGGAAAACCAUUCCCCAUCACCUGUUAAACGAACAAGAUGCACUGCUGCUGAUGUUGCGAUGCCGGGGGCGGGUCGGCUUUGCGUAUUCCCGUCUCUUGCUCGCUCCUUCCUUCCAACCUGUCCAACCUCUACAACCUCUCAUUCGCCUGCCCUGCUUCCACGCCCCGCAAUUAAAAGAAAUUUCUUUUGCAUCAAACUAUCCUGCCGCCAAUACUCGUCUUGCCUCUCGCGCAACCCAAAACCCCACAAGUAGAGAGAGGACACACUUGCUGCAUACUAACCAGAGCUGUCUACCAAUUCCUGCUAGCUUCAUACACGUCGAGAGAGUCACAAGAUUCCUCCGUCUCCAUAUAAUCUGGGCUAAACUGCUGAAUCUGCUCCACUUCUUUUUUACUUGUCUUACCUUUUGAUCAUUCAUGGCCUGAUUAAAACCCUAUGGUGCGGGAAAGAUUCCCCAUUGAAAUACCGAUAUAUAAUCAUAAAUAGUAAAAUCGUAGCUUCGCUUAGUCCUAUAGUACAUGACGGCUAUUGAUGUCGUCGUGGUAGUAUGUAUGUACUAUGUAGUUUGAUACAGACCGCUCGACACUAACUAACCGACCAACCCUUCCUUCCUCUCUUAGACAAGGGUCCGCCCUCUCUACUUUCCCUUUUUGCAUCUCUGUAUCACGUUCGAACUUUUCUCUAUGCACCGAAUUCACUUGGACCGUAAUAUCCCCCCUUUUUCUCAUCUUCUUCUCCACUGCGGGGAAAUUUUUCUUUUUAACUU